UAAGAGAGAGGUCCUUGUCCAGCGUCUCUCUGAGCCACACAGCGAGCGAUCCCAGCGAAGCCAUGGGUCAUGGCGAGCGCGACUCCCAGUGAGAGUGUGGAUAGUGAACUGCGCUGCUCCAUCUGCCUGGGCACGUUCGUCUGCCCCUCCACGCUGAGCUGUGGACACUCGUUCUGUCUCCGGUGCCUGGAAGACGCCUGGGAGACGGCGAGCAGCUUCAGCUACCCGCAGUGCCGAGCGACCUUCCCUGUGCGACCCCAGCUGAGGAGGAACGUGGCCCUCGUCAACCUGGCGGAGCAGCUCAGAGUUGGAGACGAGAUGGCCGCGGCCGUCGUUUGUGACCAUUGCAGUUGUGGCCAGACUCCUGCAGUGAAGACCUGCCUGAGAUGUGAGAUGUCCUACUGUACGAAGCACUUGAGGCCUCAUGUAGAGAAUCCCAGGCUGAGUGAUCACAUCCUGGUGGCUCCCAUCGCAAACAUGGAGGAGCGACGGUGCCGGGAGCACAGAGAGGAGCUGAAGUACUUCUGUGAACAGGAUGAGAGCCCGGUCUGCACAGGCUGCACCAUCACUGGAGACCACUCUGGACACAGAGUCAUCACGGUGGAAAAAGCGAAACAGACAAGACAGGAGGAGCUCAGAGUCAAGAAGGAGGGGAGAGAGGAGAAGAGGAACAUGGCGGCGUCACAAACACUGACGCUCAGGGACGACUUUCGGCGCGUGGAGGGUUCGGGUUCUGCCCACUGGGCUCGUCGCUUCAGGUCUUCAGGUCAUCAGGUGGACGAGGACUGCCGGAACCGUCCAGGGGUCCGGCUUUUAUACCCGUUCCAGGGUCUCUUCGCCCCUAGCCAUACCUUUCUUCUGGAACUCUCUCAGGAGUCUCUGUGUGGGAUCAAGGAGCGGAUCAAGCGAGAGUUUAAGCGCCGGAGGGAGCAGCUGAACGAGGAGGAGACAGAGGCGCUGGAGCAUGUGGACGAGGAGGGCCGCUCCAUGCUGUCCCGCAUCCAAGCAGACAUCGUUCACUAUGAGAGCAGAGCACACGGCCUGGAGCAGGAGAUCAACCAGCUGCUCGCCGCCCUCGCCGUGCAGGAUCCGCUCUCCUUCCUGCAGGAUCCCCUGCAUGAGAGUCUCAGGCUGCCCCCCGUGCAGACGCUCAUUAGCUGCCUGCCUUCGUUCCGUAUUCCGCAGCGAGGCCUCCCUGGCCUCGUUCAACCGAUCCAAUGA